AUAAUUAAAAGUCGAUUUAGUUUGGAAAUAUACCAAAGAUACCUUUUCUUCGUGUGAGAAUCUAAUUUUGUGUUAAAAGAAAAUCCAAAUUGAAUCAAUAAAAUGAGUCAAUCAAUCAGUCAAUCAGAAAUAUCGGAUGAUUUUUCAACGGAAAAAAUACAAUUACGUAUCUGUAUAAAUGAAAAAACUGAAGAUGAUGCUAAACAAAUGGCAGCUAAAUUACAACAACAAUUACAAGAAAAAUUAGAAAAAAUGUUAGGUAAAGAACCGGGUUCAAUGUCAGCCGAAAUGAAAGAUAAUGUUAAAGUUAAUAUUAGAACAAAAUUAAAAUCAUUAAAAUCAUCGCUAACAGGAUUGAUUAGAGAUAAAUCAAUAAAAUCAAUUAAAAAUCAACAACAACAACAAGAACAAACAAGAUUAUCAUCAUUAACAGAAAAUUUAAGAAAUUCAUUACAAAUUAAUAAUGGUUCAAGAACCAGUCCAUUUUAUUCACCAAAUUUUCAAAAUCAACAAAAAACAACAACGCCAACAUCAAGAGGUGCUGGUGGUGGUGGUGGUGGUUUUGGACCAACCAAAAGCCAAGAUCGAAUAAAAACACAAAAUACAAAAGAUUUUUCCAAUUAUUUAGGUCCAUUGAAUCAAAUUUUGAAUGAACAACAAGAAAAAUAUAAAUUUGAAGUUCAAAAUCCCCCCCGUAGUCCGAUGCAAAAAUUUUCAAAUUAUCCUGGUAAUCAACAACAACAACAACAACAACAACAACCACGAUGGCAAUCACAACGACAACCAACCGAAAUACAAGAUUAUUUCCGUAGUUAUCAAUCACAAUCAUCAACAACAGGUGAAUCAUCAUCAACAAAAUCAAAUUUAUUUGAAAUGUUUGGUAUUUAUCCAAAACAACAAACAAGUUUUCGUCGUCGUCGACGUUUUUUUUCACGUCGUCGUGGUGGUGGUGGUCGUGGUCGUUAUAAUCAACAAAGAGGUGGAGGAAGAGGAGGUAGAAUUAAUCGAUUUUUUCAACGAAGACGUAAUGGAUUUUCAUCAUUUUUAAAUCGUAGACGACGGCCACGUUUUUCAUCAAGACGACGUUUUUCUAGCAGACAACAACAACAACGAAGAAAUUCACGUCGAUCAAAAAAUAGUAGCCGAAAAUCAUCAACAACAACAUCAUUUUGUUCAAUAAAUAGUAACAGUAACAAUAAUAAUAUUAAUAGUAGUAGUAAUAAUAAUAAUUUAGCUGAACAAGAAUUACAACAACCAUGGAUAAGACAACGAUCACCAUCAAUACGUUUAUCAUCAAAAUCAUCUAAAUCAAGAUCAAUAAAAUCAAAUUUAAAAACAAAUGUUUGAUUGACCAAAAAAGACAAGAGUCGGUAGAAAGAGGUGGAAAUAGUCAAAAUUUUGAUUCGAAGGAAAACAAACAACAAACAUAUUCAAAUGCUGCGCGCCUGUCUAAAAAAAUUAUAAUUUUUUAAAAAAUUUUUGCAAAUAAAAAUUCUGUAUUUUGAAUUUUC